CAAGCACUAGGACCUUGCGGAAUCCAGAUCGCUAUGGCUUCUCCAUUCACCACCCGCGUCCAGUUGCUACUUCUGCAGACUGUAGGCUUUCUCAUUGGCCUAGUAGGCCGAGCGGCUCUAGCUUUAGGCAGUCCUAAAUUUGACUCAAGGACCACCCGUCCAGUGACCGAACCUUUGCUCCUUCUUUCCGGGGUGCAAUUGGCCAAGCUGAUCAGACAAAGAAAGGUUAAAUGUAUAGAUGUCAUUCAGGCUUAUAUCAACAGAAUCAAGGAUGUGAACCCAAUGAUCAACGGAAUUGUCAAAUAUAGGUUUGAAGCAGCUGAGAAGGAGGCUCAUGCUGUAGAUCAAAAGCUAGCUGACAAGCAGGAAGAUGAAGCCACACUAGAAAAGAAAUGGCCCUUCCUUGGGGUUCCUUUGACAGUAAAGGAAGCAUUUCAGCUACAAGGAAUGCCCAAUUCCUCUGGCCUUGUGAACCGUCGUGAUACCAUUUCAAAAACAGAUGCCACUGUGGUGGCAUUACUGAAGGAAGCUGGUGCCAUUCCCCUUGGCAUAACCAACUGUAGUGAGUUGUGCAUGUGGUAUGAAUCUAGUAACAACAUCUAUGGUCGCUCCAACAACCCAUAUGAUUUACAACAUAUUGUAGGUGGAAGUUCUGGUGGUGAGGGCUGCACCCUGGCUGCUGCCUGUUCAGUGAUUGGUGUGGGCUCUGAUAUUGGUGGCAGCAUUCGCAUGCCAGCUUUCUUCAAUGGCGUUUUUGGACACAAACCUUCCCCAGGUGUGGUUCCCAACAAGGGUCAAUUUCCUGUGGCUGGGGGAGCACAGGAGUGGUUUCAGUGCACAGGUCCAAUGUGCCGUUAUGCUGAAGACCUUACCCCCAUGCUGAGGGUCAUGGCAGGACCUGGAAUCAAAAAGUUAAAACUAGAUGCAAAAGUAUAUGUGAAGGACUUGAAAUUUUACUGGAUGGAACAUGAUGGAGGCUCAUUUUUAAUAUCCAAGGUGGACCAAGAUCUCAUUCAAGCACAGAAAAAGGUUGUAGCUCACCUUGAAGGUGUUCUAGGAGCCUCGGUUCAACAUGUUAAACUGAAGCAAAUGAAGUAUUCUUUUCAAUUGUGGAUCACCAUGAUGUCAGCAAAAGGACACGAUGGGGAGGAACCUGUGAAGUUUGUGGAUCUGCUUGGUGAUCAUGGGAAGCCUAUCAACCCUCUGUGGGAAUUGAUCAAAUGGUGCCUGGGUCUGUCAAUGUACACCAUCCCUUCUAUUGGGCUGGCUUUGUUUGAGGAAAAGCUCAAAUAUGAAAAUGAGAAAUAUAAAAAGUUUAAGGCUGUAGAAGAAAGUCUGCAUAAAGAGCUGGUGGAGAUGCUAGGUGAUGAUGGUGUUUUCUUAUAUCCCUCACAUCCCACAGUGGCUCCAAAGCAUCAUGUUCCUCUAACAAGGCCUUUCAACUUUGCUUAUACAGGUGUCUUCAAUGCCCUGGGUUUGCCUGUGACUCAGUGCCCACUGGGUCUGAAUGCCAAAGGUCUUCCUCUAGGCAUUCAGGUUGUGGCUGGACCAUUUAAUGAUCACUUGACAUUGGCUGUGGCCCAGUAUUUUGAGAAAAGUUUUGGGGGCUGGGUCUGCCCUGGAAAAUUUUAGGAGGACAUUCUCCAAGGUCAAGGUGUGUGUAUAUGUCCUUGUAUCUACUGAUUGUGUGAGACCAAGCUCCAGCAGGCUAGUAGAAAUAAAAAGAAUUCAUUCUCUUU